CUCUAAUGCGAACGGUGGCGAUUGUCAGAUAUGAAAGCAGUAAACAAACGCGUCCGGGUUUACUGUGCUUGUUCUGGGCAGCGUAGCACAGUAUUUUGCAAUUAGGAGUGUUGUGAAACUGGUUUUCAGCUGGCCUGGAAGUACAUGUGACGGUGUAGCUGAAUCUGCCAGGAAACUACUUGGUUUAUUCAUUCCUUUCCUUGGGUACGUGGAAAAGAAAGACCCACCCAAACCCUUCCCGUUCCACCAUAGGUACCCGCUCUUCAGCUGCGGUCUCUACCGCAUCGCAGUAACUGCAGCCUGCCAAGGUGCAGUGGGCAGUAUGUCAAGCUUCUCUAGCUUUCUUGGAACAAAGGUUGCUCAAGCAAAUGUAAAUAUUAAUUUAUUGCACUGAGAAACUUUGUCAUCUGCAUUAUAACCCCACAGUGGGGGAAGGAAAACCAAGCCUCUGCUUAAAAUGGUGAAUAUUUAUACUGCAGGCAAAACUGUAGGAGCUGCACUCCUGGCCCUCUGCAAUUGCCAGCACUAUUUGCUGGAUUCUUUAAGUGGGUAUGUGGAGCUUAAACAGCACAGCGAGAAGGGAUGGACGGGAGGCAGUCACAGCGGAAGGCUGGGGAGAGGUGAUUCGAGGUAGAUUUACAGGCUAUGAUAAACCCUGUUGAAGCUCUCCAGAGAAGAGCAACGGAUACCGGGCUGUCUCUUGAGGGAGCAGUGUGACCCGUGGGGAACGUUGAGGCUGUCUCCUUGCACAGUGGCAGAGCAGAGAGGGCUGCAGCUGUGGUCAGCUAACCGAUGCUCUGCUGCUGUGUGAUUUCCAUGCAGGAAACAGGGAAGGAAAAGCCAAGGAAUCUACACAAACUGACCUUUGAGAGGGAGGCCAGGGUGCCCAGAAGGCACAGCAGCAUUGCACAAGUGCUGUCCUGCUGUUUGGGGGGGGCUUACUAAGUCUGUCCCCUUCUCACUACCUCGGAUUGUAGUCUGGGGAAGUGCUUUCAUCUAAGAGUUGGAGUGCGGGACUGCUCCUGGGGAUGCUCACUAGGGUCUCAGUUGGAGACCUUUAGCAUCGAUCUGAGCUCAUGUGCAAAGCAGAGGAGUUAGUCAGGAAGGCACUCUGGAAGCAGGAGCUGCCACAGGCAGCAGCCAAAAGGUUUAGCACAGCCAACGUGUAUGGGCUGAGAGCUGGGAUGUGCUGGGACAUUGCUGGCACAGGCGCGUUCCUUUUUUCUCUGCUGCAAUUGGGUCUUUCCUCCCAUUUACCAGAAAGGGAACAACCUGCCUUAUCUUGCUUGCUCACCUGACCAUUGAUCAGAUGGUCUGCCAUACAGUCUGUUGCAGGAGAAGAGAGAUCUGUGCUCAGGAGGGGCUGUGAAGAAGACAAGUUUCCAGCUGCUUUUGCCACUGCAGUCUCUGUAAAGCUCCUGUAUUGCUCAGGUAAAAUGAGAAGUUACAAAUUCAUUAACCAGAACCAAAAGUUUUUGAAGGAGUUAAGUCUGUGCUCCAACUAAACACGACUUCAGAAAAUGAAAUUAAGAGAAUAGGAUAGCUGGUGUAAGAGCUUCUGAAAUAAUACUUGAGGUAAUGAGAACAGCUCAAUGGUUUAUUCACUUGUUCCAGAUUGUCUCUCUUGAGAUGUAAAGUCAUUGCCGUGUUUCUAGGUAUAAGAACUAAAUGUCUCAUUUCCGUCAUUUUUUUAAAAACAACUUUGGUUUGGAUUAGGGAAAUAAGAAUAAGCAAAGGGGCUUUUUGGUCAGGGAGGCCAGCUGUUACUGGCUGCAGUGGUUAGAAUGGAGAAGGCCAGGACGGGUGCUGGCAUGUGCUCCUCAUUGAUGGAAAGCUGCAGUAGGCAGAACACAAACCUCACGUUGUCUCCUGGCUGCAUGCACAACUAUCGUGAGGCAGUAUCUAGGCUGGCUCACGUCUAGACUCAAUUUUAAGGACUAAACUUCUUCCCCAUGUUGUUUUAUCAGACCAUUUGUCUCCCAGUAGCUCAUUAGAAGCUAAUUCGGCUCCAUCCAUGAGAACUGUGGUACACAAGAGUCACUAAAGGGCAGUGUAUUAAAGAAUAGCCUGUGUACUGAAACUGCCAGGGGUUGUGCUUGUCUCUGAGCUGCUAUGACAAUAUUGACAUGAAGCAAUGCCAAGACAGCAUAAUACCAUUUGAGCAAAGUCCCAAACGGGAGGUUGUUGAAAGCAGUGCUUAAUUUGCAGGCACACGUGUCCAUUUGUAGCCAGCUCUGAAAUUUGUAUUAAAAUAGGCUUCAGCUUCACAGGCUAAAAGUGUUGACACCCCUCAUUGACUCAGCUGUGGGAACAACGCUUAUGCUACAAUGACCUUAGGCACAUGCCCUCUUCCACUUCUGGUGUGCAUGAGCAGGCUGUGGGCUUUUCCAGAGCCCGUUACUGCCAUGUUUCACAUCAUGGAGGGAGGAGAGACUGCUGGGUGGAGGAUCCAGGCUGGAGUCCCUGGUUUUUCAGCCAUGGGAAAGCAGGUACGUUGCAUAGUGUCUUGUAGUGAUAUAACAUGGAUUGACAGUUUUUCUUUUUUAUUGUUGUCCUCUAGUGUUCUGGGGUCUACUUCUCUCCCAAGAUGCUGAGAAGAGUCCUGUUUACAGUGUUGUUCACGGGAGCCUUGCCAUCACUGGCUGAAGUGUCCCAGGGCCACAUCUCGGUGGUCUUGCUGGGAGCCACAGGUGACUUGGCCAGGAAGUAUUUGUGGCAGGGUUUGUUCCAGCUCUACAUGGACCAAGUGAGCAGUGGCCACAGCUUCACUUUCCAUGGGGCUGCACUGAGAGCUCUGGAACCAGGACAGAGGCUGAUGUUUGAUGUGCUGAAGACGCUGGCCUGUCCCCCUGAUGAAUCUCCCAACAGGUGUGCUGUGCUCAAGGACCAGUUCCUGAAGCUGAGCCAAUACCACCAGCUGAAGACUGCCGAAAACUAUACCGCGCUGAACAGAGAGAUUGAGAUGCUGCUUCGCCAGGAGGGGCUGAAGGAGGCUGGAAGGAUCUUCUACUUCUCAGUACCACCGUUUGCCUACACAGAGAUUGCCCGCCACAUCAACAGCAGCUGCAGACCGCCGCCAGGAGCCUGGUUGCGUGUGGUGCUGGAGAAACCGUUUGGCCAUGACCUGGAGUCAGCCCAGCAGCUGGCUGCAGAGCUGUCGAGCUUCUUCAAAGAAGAGGAGAUGUACCGGGUGGACCACUACCUUGGCAAACAGGCUGUAGCCCAUAUCCUGCCUUUUCGAGAUCAGAACCGACAGUUUCUGGAUCCGAUUUGGAACCGACAUCAUGUGGAAAGAGUGGAGGUUGUCUUGAAGGAAACUGUGGAUGCUAAAGGCCGCACCAGCUUCUACGAACAGUAUGGAGUCAUCCGGGAUGUGCUGCAAAAUCAUCUCACGGAGGCCCUGAUGUUCCUGAUCAUGGAGCUCCCAGCCAAUGUGAGCAGGGCUGAAGAGGUUUUGCAGUGCAAGCUGCAGGCCUUCCAGUCAUUGUGGGGUCUGGAGAAAAACAGUGCCGUGUUGGGCCAGUAUCAGGCAUAUGCCAGCCAGGUCCAGGAGGAAUUGCAGAAGGCACGUGACUACAUCAGCACAACACCAACCUUUGCAGGUGUGCUGAUUCACAGCGGCAGCCUGCGCUGGGAAGGGGUCCCUUUCCUCCUCACUUCUGGGAAAGCUCUGGAUGAGCGGGUAGGUUAUGUCCGUGUCCUCUUCAGGAACCGGGCCUACUGCACCCAGAAGGAGACUUUGAGGGUGGCAGGGCACAGCCAAUGUAAAGCCAAGCAGAUCAUCUUUUACAUUGGGCACGGCGCACUCAACACCCCCGCAGUGCUUGUGAGCAGGAACCUGUUCAGGCCCAUCAUGCCAGAAGGCAGCUGGAGAGAAGCAGUGGGUCAGUCAGAGCUGCACAUUUUUGGACAACCGUUGUCUGACUACUAUGUGUACAGCCCUGUGAAAGAGAGAGACGCAUACUCUGUCCUCAUCUCCAACAUCUACCACGGCAGGAAGGACUUCUUCAUUACUACCGAGAACCUGCUGGCCUCUUGGGCGUUCUGGACGCCACUGCUGAACAGCAUUUCCCACCAGCCGCUGCGCCUCUACCCUGGUGGCAUGGAGAACCAGCACCUCUUAGACUUUGAAAUGGUGAGUGGGGAGGUGGCUUUCACACUGGCAGAGCCAGUGGAACUGCUGAAACCCAGCAGGCUGAUGCCAAACGAUUACAGGACAAUCCAGUCCAAAUUUCGGCACAGUCCCCUGGUCUCAGCAUGGUCUGAGGACCUGAUUUCCCAGCUGGCUUCUGACAUUGAGAAGACAGCAAGCAGGACUGUGGCACGGUCUGGGCAGUUCCACCUGGCCGUCUCGGGUGGCUCGAGCCCGGUAGUCCUGUUCCAGCGGCUGGCAAGACACCAUUAUGCCUUCCCCUGGAAGCACACCCACAUCUGGCUGGUAGAUGAGCGCUGUGUCCCUCUCACUGACACAGAGUCCAACUUCUUCAGCUUGCACAACCACCUCCUCCAGAGUGUCAGGGUGCCCUACUUCAACAUCCACCCCAUGCCUGUGCACUUGAACCGGCGGCUCUGUGUGGAAGAGGACAGAGGCACGGAGCUGUAUGCCAAGGAGAUAGUGGCCUUGGUGGCCAAUGCCAGCUUUGACCUGGUGCUGCUGGGGGUGGGCACUGAUGGGCACACUGCCUCGCUCUUCCCCCAGUCUGAAAAUGGCUUGGAAGGGGCUCAGGCUGUGGUGCUGACUGAAAGCCCUGUCAAACCUCACCAAAGGAUGAGCCUUAGCCUACCGCUCAUCAACAAGGCCAGAGAGGUGUUUGUCCUGAUUUUGGGGAAGGGUAAGCACGACAUCACCACCCUGAUCAGCAGGGUGGGCCAUAAGCCGAGGAAAUGGCCGAUCUCGGGUGUCAGCCCCAGCUCUGGCCAGCUGGUGUGGUAUGUGGAUUAUGAAGCUCUGCUUGGGUGAUGCCUUCGCAGUGUCCCUCCUCCCCUGUGUGCAUGGCCCUUACAGCCUGGAUUUUCCUACACAAUGUCCAUGUUUUUCUGUUGCCAGCAGCAGCUUCAUCUCUGACAGACUUUUCUGACCUCCUGGGAGAUCCAUGGCCUGCAGUGCCUCUGCCAUUUGAGCCUGGAAAGGGGCUCGGCUCAGUGUUCAGAGCUAAGUAGGAGCCAAGAGCCCAGUGCUGCAUUUCUGGCUCUGCUAGGGGUUCUGACUGUGACUUUGGACAAAUUACCUCACCUUGAAGUGCCUCAGUUUUCCCUGUCAGGCCUUUCUCGUUAUUAGUAUUUAACUACCUCGUGGGCACUACAGGAGACUUGUUAAAUUAAGUGCCUGCCAAAUUUAAUUAUUUUUUUUUUUUUUAAUUCUCAGGCUAGGAGACAGUAAUAACAUGUACAUCCUCUGCCCUGCUCAGUCUGGCUGGGUCAGUGUCGUCAUCUCAGUAAAAUGAUGGUUCUUUGGACGUGGGUCUGCAGUCUGACAUGUGCAGCCCAUUUGGUGUCAGCCAGCCACUGGCUGUGGCUGUGCUGUCCUGGAAGCGUAGACACCCGCUUGCUGUUGUGCCGUGUGGCCCCUAAAUGCUGACACUGAUUUGUGAGCUCACUGCAGUCCCUCGUCUUUGCAAAUUGCCCAGCAGCAGAGGCUGAGUUUAUCAGCAGUAAUUUGCAGCUUUCAUUAAGUGGAUAGCUGAUACCAUGGGGGAUGGAGAAGGAAGAUGCUUCACUUUUUAGGCUGUUAGAAUAAUGGGGGCAGGGCGAGGAAUAUGACAAUUCACAGAGCUGUUAUUUGCCUGCAUUGCAAUAAUCUACUGAGGGAAAAGCUUGAUGUUCAGAGGAGUUGUUUGGGUUUAGCUAGCAAAGAAACAAUUCUCUGUCUGAUUCUCUGAAAUGAACUUAUUUCUGUCCUCAGAAUCGAAGCUUGCAGUGUCAUUCACUGGCUUAUAAAAUUUCUGUAGGAGGCAGCUUUAUAAACUAUCAUCGGUCAUUUCAUGUUUGCGGAUGGUGGUGGUGGGGUUUGAACUCAAGGACACUGACUUAGAAGGGGAGGGAGUUUUCUCUUGUACAUAUCCCUUUAGCAUGCAGAACUAGCAAAUUGCAUUUGUGACAGGACACCAUUAAGCACUUACAGAAAUGUAUAGUUCUGUUGCUCACAGGAAGGGUUGGAGACAUCCAGUCCUACCUAGAGACCCCACUCUUCCCCCUCCUGCUUUUCACCUUCCCGGAAUGCUGCCAUGCAUGGGAGUGUCUGUCCUUUCAUGAGUACCGCAAAUGCUCUGUGAUCUUCUCUAAUGGGCAAUAUACAACUGCACACCAGAGCGCAGCGUUUGGUAGGGAAAUCAAGACAGCACAAGGUGGGAGAGCCUGGGCUGGUGGUCCGUGUGGAGGCGUGAGCCAAACCCACUCACCUGGGGUGGCGCUGGGAUGGAGCAGACCCACUGCAGGAAGCUGGCAGGUGGACGUGACGCUGGCUGCCAGCAAGGAGGAUUCCUCAUGGGAGCAGAGGCCACUUUUGAGGGGGGCAGAUUUCUCCCAGUCCCUGUGGAUGCUGGCCCUGUUUCCACAGAGAGGUAGCUGUGUGUGGGUGACUGGGUGGAGAUGGCGAGGUCUGAGGUGAUGCAAAGGCUGAGGGCUUGGCAGGGACCCAGUGCCGGCAGGAGGUGGCAUCCCCGACCCUGAGAAGCAGCAGCAAGUUGUGUGCUGUUCUCUCAGCAGGGCUGGGCCGAGGCUGUGCCAGGCCAGGCCACCCUGCACAGCCUCCCAAGGGAAAAAUAGGAUCCUCAGGAGUCGGACCUGGGAGUCUGCAGCCUAGGGAAGGAUGGAGACUUUGCUUUAGAAGGCUGGGCGACAGGCAUUGGCUUCAUGUCCUUCCCUGCACAGGGAUCUGCUGAACCCCAGGGACGAAGGUGCGGGUGGGUGCUAUGGUCCAGCAGCACGUGAAGGGAGGCAGGAGGUCUGCGCAGCCUGUGCUCCCAGAUUCCCGAGCUGUUGCCUUUCAGCAUAAUGCUUCUCUUAAUGCAGCAAUCAGAAUUAUUGUCUUCUGCUAAUUGCGCAGAUAAAAGUGCAUGGGGCAAGCUCUAGAGCCUGUUACUCAUCAGCAGUCCCUAGGCAAACAGAGCCAGCGAGCACAACCUGGCAGAGCUAUGUGCAGCAGGAAAAGGCCACGUUCUCAGGGACUGGCUGCGAUUUCUGGCAGGCAUUCUCCUCCACCUUGCAGAUGGUCCAGAAAAGCUGCAUUUACAUACUGUAUUUGACUAAGCUGAGCUGAGUUGCACUGGUGCAUGUUACUUUGCUUUUGCAUGGGAAAGGAGGGGAGUUGUUAUGGUGUAGCUUUCUCAAAAGCUCAAACCCAGAAGAGUACAGGUGCCUUAACUGGUCUGGUUUCACAACUGGGAUGGCUGGUUAUCCAUCGUUUGUGGGCAUUCGUGAAUAAGUUUGCUCCCACCUGUUCCGUGGUUACAGGCAGGCUUACCUACCAGCACAAACACCAAAGGGUGAAAUAAAUCACAGGGGAAGAGAGUAGCCUAAAAAAGUGGAAGGAAGGUGAGCACUGCAGUUCCUUGCUGCAGGACUUGCUUGUCAAGAGGAUAUGCUGACAGCGGAGUCUGGAGUAAGAGCAUACUCCUAGGACUUAACUGGAAUAACUCUUCUGGAAUAACUCUCUUCAUAGAUGGGUGCUAGCAAACACUGGCUUCCAAAAUAUACCACAGUGGCUGAAAAAGCUGUGCAGACGUUUUAGGUCUGGUGUGUCCAUAAAUUCAAACAUAAUUUUUCAUUUUUAAACAAAAAUAGCCAUGUUAGCUUCAUUCCAGUUCUUUUGCAUUUGGUAUGAGGGAACAGGUUUUAAUGAAAAAUUGACCUCUGUGAGAAGUAGUAUGUUGUUAUGAAUGACAGAAUUUAUUACUGCUUUACAGAUGACUGUGGCAUUGGUGUUUUCUUAUUUCUGCACACUUUCUUGUUAAUAUUUGGCUGGGACCUUUUGAAAUAAACACUGAUUUUAGAGAGGUUUAUGUGCACUUUUAAAUAAGCAUGUGGGUUUUUUCCCCAAAGAGCUGCUGUUCUUUCCAGCUGAAAAUAGAGUUCAUUUGCAAAAUCUCUUAAUAGAUCAUCCUAAAAUUCAUCCUAGAUUUUAUUAAAAUCCAGUAAAAGUUUACAUACGUUUUCUUCAGUGAAUAUAGCUGUCUGGGUCGUUUGGAGGGUUUUUUUAGAACUGUGUUUUCUUUUUACACAGGCAAUUCCUGUUAGACUCUUUAGUACUUAGCAUUUGCCAAAUGAAAAACAAGUAUUUUUAAAUAUGUAAAAUUUGUGACUGGCAAGAGGGAUACUGCGGAUGGGAAGAAGGGUUAAUCGAGGAGCAGAUCUGAUAAGGAAGAAUGGUAGAAAUCCACUGGGCUACAGGCCAAGGGAGCUGUGCUAUUUUUGUUUUGUGAAAGCUAUUAAUAGGAGCUAUGCACCUUCUUGAGAGCUUGUAUUAACUUUUCUUUGCAAAAGCAAUUCCAUGGAGUAAUUUCUUAUAGUCUGUGUCUCCCAUAAGUGAUAUUGAUGCCGGUUUUGUUAUUUUUUUUGCAAUGUCAAGUGCAUUCCUAGAAUUCAGAGGUACGAUUAUUUAUAUGUUUUAUAGAAAACUAACACUGGAAGUAACUGAUUUUUUUACUUCAAUUUUUAUAAAUCAAGUUGUAAAAUCUUACUUUCCCUUGAAUAAAGUUUUGUGAUUCCUUU